CUGCCGAGCCGUGAUUGGAAGCCGCGGACGGCUUCUGGAGGCCAGCAGCACCGCCACUCUGGGCUGAGCCCGACCAGGGACCGGACGGCCGCUACUCCGCCGGCGGCUUCUGGCUCGCGUCCGGCCGGCCGUCCCUCUGCUGCUGGGAGUUGCCUUUUGGUCUGACCUGGUUCAUACACUAGCUGUUGAAGGACAUGAUUCAAACUGUCCCAGAUCCAGCAGCUCAUAUCAAGGAAGCAUUAUCAGUUGUGAGUGAAGAUCAGUCAUUGUUUGAGUGUGCAUACGGAACUCCCCACCUUGGUAAGACCGAGAUGACAGCCUCCUCUUCCAGUGAAUAUGGGCAGACAUCAAAGAUGAGUCCUCGUGUCCCCCAGCAGGAUUGGUUGUCACAACCUACAACCAGAGUGACCAUUAAGAUGGAAUGCAAUCCAAGUCAAGUUAAUGGCUCAAGGAAUUCCCCUGACAAUUGCAGUGUGGCAAAAGGCGGAAAGAUGGCCAGCAACACAGAAAAUGCUGGAAUGAACUAUGGAAGCUACAUGGAAGAAAAACAUAUUCCACCACCAAACAUGACCACCAAUGAACGGAGAGUUAUUGUACCAGCAGAUCCCACAUUAUGGAGUACAGACCAUGUACGCCAGUGGUUGGAAUGGGCCAUCAAAGAAUAUGGCCUUCCAGACGUGGACAUCUUGUUGUUCCAAAACAUUGAUGGGAAGGAAUUGUGUAAGAUGACCAAAGAUGACUUCCAGAGGCUCACACCAAGUUAUAAUGCAGACAUUCUUCUCUCGCACCUACACUACCUCAGAGAAACUCCUCUUCCACAUUUGACUUCAGAUGAUGUUGAUAAGGCCUUACAAAACUCUCCACGGUUAAUGCAUGCUAGAAAUACAGGAGGUGCAGCUUUUAUUUUCCCAAAUACUUCAAUUUACCCUGAAGCAACACAAAGAAUUACAACCAGGCCAGAUAUACCAUAUGAACCAGCCCGGAGGUCAGCCUGGACUAGCCACAGUCAUCCUGCCUCACAGUCAAAAGCUGCUCAAGCAUCAUCUUCAACAGUACCCAAAACAGAAGAUCAACAUCCUCAAUUAGACCCUUACCAAAUACUUGGACCAACCAGCAGCCGUCUUGCAAAUCCAGGGAGUGGGCAGAUACAGCUAUGGCAGUUCCUGUUGGAGCUCCUGUCAGAUAGUUCCAACUCUAAUUGUAUCACCUGGGAAGGCACCAAUGGAGAGUUCAAAAUGACUGACCCUGAUGAAGUAGCUCGGCGCUGGGGAGAAAGAAAAAGCAAACCCAACAUGAACUAUGAUAAGCUCAGCCGUGCUCUCCGUUAUUAUUAUGAUAAAAAUAUUAUGACUAAAGUCCAUGGUAAACGUUAUGCCUACAAGUUUGACUUCCAUGGAAUUGCUCAAGCCCUCCAGCCACAUCCUCCAGAAUCAUCCAUGUACAAAUAUCCUUCAGAUCUGCCCUACAUGAGUUCCUAUCAUGCCCAUCCCCAGAAAAUGAACUACGUUGCUCCCCAUGCUCCUGCUUUGCCUGUCACUUCCUCCAACUUUUUCGCUGGACCCACUCCAUACUGGAAUUCACCAACUGGAAGUAUCUACCCUAAUACUAGGCUUCCAGCCACGCACAUGCCUUCUCACCUUGGCACUUACUACUAAAAGAAGAAAAAUAUUUUUAAAGGACAUUUCUGCAUGGAAUACAAUGAACUGUAUUGGAGAACAUUUUUUUAAAGUGCCUAAAAGUGCCUUUCUUUUUUAAAAAAUAAGGAUUACUGGAGAGUAUUAAAGAUGCUACUAUGUAAAGAAUGUUGUCAUUGAAUCAACAGAUCAGACAUGAUGAAAUACUGUUAUACAUAAAAGUAUGUAAUGAUGAAGUGGGGAAUGGAAAAAAGUUUAUAAGCUUUUGUAUCAUGUUUGAUAUGCUAAUGCAAACUGGACUCUGCUAUAGCAAUAUAAGGAUGAUUCUAUUAUGACCUAAGAUAUACUAUGUGAACAUAUAAAUUUAUUUUAAAAGCCCUGUAUUUUUUUAACAAAAAUGCAGAACAGUUUCAUAAAUGUUUGUCUAGACCAGGACCUGGUUUUUUUUAAUGCAACAGUUUUAUUUGGGAUGAAAUUAAUACAUUCCAUUAAGAAGGGAUCACCUGUUUCAAACUGUGAAGACAAUGCAAGCUUAAGAUUCCUUGACAGUGUUAACAAGCUCUGAGCCAACCAUUGGGACUGAGAAUGUGCUGAAGGGCAAGUGUGUGAUUGUAAGGUAAGGGGCAAACCCAAGAGGAGUAAACCCUGCUGAAAUGAAGAAUGACUGCACAAGAGCGCUACUGUAGUGCUGUGUCGACGCAUUAAUAGAAAGGGGUAAGAGGAGGACAAAGGUAAUAAGAGUAAAGGAGAUAUUUUGUCUGGAAAUGUGGGAAACUGAAAACUGGACAGUUUUUGAACUUCGAAGAAUUACUUGUUUGGACUUGAGAACUAUUGUGUUCAGUAUUAUGCCAUUUUCAGUGUUAUCAAGGACUUGAUUUUUUUUAAGUCCAAAAGAGGAAGGUAGUAGUAUCAGAGUAUGCAUUUCUUUAUCAAAAUGUAAAACUGGAAUUGUUUUAUACUUAAAAGUGACAUUUAGACCUCAUCUUAAGGGAAUUUGUUUUCUACUGGUUAAAGGUCAGAGACAAUCCCCAGUUGCCAAAGUUGGAAAUCAUAUAGUUAUUUUUGUUAGGCAGUGCCCAUUUUUCUUUUCUGAGUCGCGAACGCUGUGCGUUUGUCAGAAUGAAAUAUACAAGUCAACAUUAUUUUUUCUUUUUAUAUAAUAAUUAUAUAACUUAUGCAUUUAUACACUACGAGUUGAUCUCGGCCAACCAAAGGCAUAGAAAGGGACAAUCAGAAAUAUUGUGGCCUUGAAUUUUAACUCUGUAUGCUUCAUGUUUACAUUAUGAACUUAACUAGUAGUAGAAUGUAUGUAAUAAAAUAAGCUUGCCGCAGCAUGGCAAUUCUCAUUGA